UGCCGGAGGUCGGGGCCUAGCACCGGAGCGUGGAGCGUCCUUUUCCGUCAGACCUUCCGGCCGGCGCCGAGGGCUCGCCUCUCGCUCCCCGCACCCGGAACAUGGUGCACGGCAGGAUCUCCCGGCUCUCGGUCCGCGACGUGCGCUUCCCCACGUCGCUUGGGGGCCACGGCUCGGACGCCAUGCACACAGACCCUGACUACUCAGCUGCCUACGUUGUUAUAGAGACGGAUGUGGAUGAUGGGCUCAAGGGCUAUGGCAUUACCUUUACUCUGGGGAAGGGCACCGAAGUUGUUGUCUGUGCUGUGAAUGCCCUUGCCCACCACGUGCUUCACAAGGACCUCAAGGAAAUUGUUGGUGACUUCAGAGGCCUCUACAGGCAGCUCACAAGUGAUGGGCAGCUCAGAUGGAUCGGUCCAGAGAAAGGCGUAGUGCACCUGGCCACAGCAGCCAUUCUGAACGCUCUGUGGGACCUAUGGGCAAAGCAGGAAGGGAAGCCUCUGUGGAAAUUGCUUGUGAACAUGGACCCACAGAUGCUGUUAUCCUGCAUCGAUUUCAGGUACAUCACUGACGUCUUAACCGAGGAGGAAGCUUAUGAAAUACUGCAGAAAGGUCAAGUUGGUAAAAAAGAAAGAGAAGAGCAAAUGCUGACCCACGGCUAUCCUGCCUACACCACGUCUUGCGCCUGGCUGGGUUACUCAGACAGCACACUGAAGCAGCUCUGUGCAGCAGCACUGAAGGACGGCUGGACCAGGUUUAAAGUAAAAGUUGGGGCUGAUCUCCAGGAUGACAUUCGUAGAUGCCACCUCAUCAGGGACAUGAUCGGACCAGAGAAGACUUUGAUGAUGGAUGCCAACCAGCGCUGGGAUGUGCCCGAGGCAGUGGAGUGGAUGUCAAAACUGGCCGAAUUCAAGCCAUUGUGGAUUGAAGAGCCCACAUCCCCUGACGACAUCCUGGGCCAUGCAACCAUUUCCAAGGCACUGGCCCCACUAGGAAUUGGUGUCGCCACUGGAGAACAGUGCCACAACCGAGUGAUAUUUAAGCAGCUCCUACAGGUGAAUGCUGUGCAGUUUCUCCAGAUUGACAGCUGCAGACUGGGGAGUGUCAAUGAAAACCUCUCAGUAUUACUGAUGGCCAAAAAGUUUGGAAUUCCUGUUUGCCCCCAUGCGGGUGGAGUUGGCCUCUGUGAACUGGUACAGCACUUGAUUAUAUUUGACUACAUAUCAGUCUCUGCAAGCCUUCAAAACAGGAUGUGUGAAUAUGUGGACCACCUGCAUGAACAUUUCAAGUAUCCUGUAAAAAUCAAGCAUGCUUCCUAUCUGCCUCCCAAGGAUGCAGGCUACUCAACAGAGAUGAAGGAGUCGUCCAUAAAGAAAUACCAAUACCCAGAUGGAGAAGUCUGGAAGAAACUCCUUACUGCUCAAGAAAACUGAGUGUCUGGCCCUAACACUUUUUUCUAAACUGAAAAUGCUUAAAAUUUUUUGGAUAGUUUUAUAAAAUUAUAUAAAGUUUAGCUGCAAAUCAUAUUAACCUCAGGAAUCAGUUCAUUAUUAUUUGAUUAUUUUAACAAGUCAAUAUUGUUCUUGAUUUUAAUGCAAAUUUAAUUUACCUAACCCAAAUCCCAGAAAGAUGUUUUUAAAAUGUCUAUCAAGUGCUGGUAUCUAGGUAUUAAACCAUACCUUAAAAAUAA